AUGGCUGACACUCAGGAAGAUUCUAAGUACAGGCCCAAUUAUGGUUUGAAUCAAGGUUUCACACAGUCUCAGAUUGUUGGAAAGUAUGCUGACGAAGAUGAUGAUGAAGCAGAAGAAGAUGAUGAAGAACAAGAACAAGAACAAGAACAAGAAGAAACAGAUGUUGGUGAUAACGAAAUGAAUGGUACUUCUACUCAGCAGAAUGGAAAUGACAAUGAUCAUCAUCAUCAAUAUGAUGAUGAUGAAGAUGAUGAUAACGAUGAUGAUGAUGAUGGUGAUGAUAAUACCAGAAGAAUGACCAGUGUUAACCUCCAGAGACAUCCAAAGAAGAGGAAAUUGAAGAGCUUGUUAUCAAGUUUUGAAUUUUCACCUCGAGUGGCACCUCCAUCAACAGUGGCCCCACCAAAAUCAUCAUUUGGUGGAAGAAACACACUUACAGAUUGGAGUGAACAUGAGACAUUUGUGUUGCUAGAUGCAUGGGGGGAAAGGUUUCUUCAAUGUGGAAGAAAGAGUUUAAGGUCUGAAGAAUGGCAAGAAGUUGCAGACAGAGUUUCUCAAGAGUCAAAGAUAGAAAGAACAGACUCUCAAUGUAGAAACCGUUUGGAUACAUUGAAGAAGAAGUACAAAAAGGAGAAAGCUAGUUUAACAGGAAGCAGAGGUGUAAAUACUAAAUGGGUAUAUUUUAAAAAGAUGGAUAUGUUAUUAUCAGGUGAGAAUGUCUUCUUGAACCCUAGUGAUAAUCUUAAUCCUGCAAAUGGGGUUGAUGAUAUGAGGGAAAGUGGUGGGAAUUCAGAUUCUCAAGAGGGUGAUGAUGAUUCCGAUUUGCUUCCACCCAAGAAAUUGAAAUUUAAAGGUGGUGGUGGUGGAGGUGGAGGUGGAGGUGGAGGAUCAUUCAGAUUGCUAGCGGAAUCGAUUAACAAAUUUAGUGAGAUAUAUGAGAAGAUUGAAAAUGGAAAGAUACAGCAGAUGAUAGAGUUGGAGAAGAUGAGGAUGGAUUUUCAUAAGGAUUUGGAAAUGCAGAAAAGGAAGAUUCUUGAUAGAGCACAAGCUGAGAUAACAAAAGUAAGACAAGGAGAUUAUGAAGAAAAUGAUGGAUCUGGUGAAAAUGUUAGCGGGUAA